AGAAUGAUCGUUAUCUGUAAGGACUUUCCGGUGUUGACCAGAAGUUGCUUGUCAUAUCCUACUGAAAACAACAGUGGCCUCAGCGGCCGAACCCCUUGCCCCUGUAGUCCCCAGGUUGCAACUGUCUAUCUCUAGGCCAACAUCUCUAUCGACAUCAUUUCGAUCUUGCAUUGUGAUCCUGUUCUGAUCUCACAAUGAGUCAGGUCUUUGGUAACGGCCGCCACCUGUCAGUGGGUAGUACUGCUCCCCCUUUAACCAAAGGGAAACUUCGACUUUACAGCAUGAGGUUUUGUCCUUAUGCCCAACGAGUUCAUUUGGUUCUUGAUGCUAAAAAAAUUCCGUAUGAUGUCGUCAAUGUAAACUUGUCUGCUAAGCCAGAAUGGCUUUUUGAUAAGCAUCCGCUGGGCAAAGUUCCAGCAAUUGAAUUUGAGGAUGGAACUGUGCUGUACGAAAGUCUUGUUCUUUGUGAAUAUUUAGACAGCAUUUCGACUACUAGACCUCUUGCAAGUUCAGACCCUCUUCAACGGGCUAAGGAUAAACUUGUAAUUGAGCGGUUUUCGCAGUUCAUUGUUUUGUUCUACAAAAUGUAUCAAGAUAUAAAUGCUCUUAACUCAGAUGAUGUAUUGCAAUCAUUGGAGGAAUUUGAAAUUGAGCUGACUAAAAGAGAUUCUCCUUAUUUCAGUGGAACUCGCCCGGGUAUGGUUGACUUCAUGAUUUGGCCCUGGUGUGAAAGAGCAGAUAUGCUAACUAUUAUGGCUGGAGACCGAUUUUCCUUGCCGGAAAAGAGAUUCCCCAAACUGCUCCAAUGGAAGAAAUUUAUGAAGGAAGAUGAGGCAGUGAAAUGCAGUUAUUUAGAUGUCUCUGACCAUGUCAAAUUCCUUAAGUCCCGUUUAGCAGGAACUAAUGAUUAUGAUAUGCUUGUAGCAUCAUUGUAAAAUUUGAGAUUUGUGAGAUUUUUAUCUGCAAAAACUCUGUUGUUGGAUAUUGUUCAAGUUCACUUUACAAUAUUAAAUUUAAUAUCUUAUCAGUGGCUUAUGUUUCAACCUACAUAUUAUCAUUAUUUGCUUUAUAAAUAACUAACAUAAAUUUUAUUGA